AUGAUGAACAGAAAACCAAGACUGGAUAUUCCAAACGGCUACCCCAGAAUCUCUCAUUCGGUUGUCAAUAUCUCAACGCGCGUCAGCCAGGAUAUCUUCAUUCACGCACCUUCGACAUCUCGCAAUCCAAAGGAGGUGACCCAUGUAGAUCUCACCAUCGAGAAUUAUGAUGGAUACGUGUCUUCCGACACUGAAGCUGGCUCUGUUGCUGGCCAGGAAGACUUAAGCGAGCGAGAGAAUACCGGCUUUAACGAGAAUGACUACUUAGAUGACGACCAACUUGAAUCGUUACUCCAUCUCGAGAACGACCACUCCAAAGUCGGAGCGCAAAUCGAUCACCCCACAACGAUUUUCAUCCAGGAGUACAACGGGCUUGUCCCAGGCAUGGCAGUUGAACUUACAGACGGUGACUUCAUGCGUGUGAAAAAGAUCCUGCGUCUAUUCAAUGGCGACGUGUUCCUGCGAGGCUAUUAUUUCAGUAAACUGAUGAAACUACCCACCCCUUUCCCCCAACGCCACCGAGAGCUGUGCUGGCUCAUGAGACAGGAUACUGAUGGGUCAAUACUGCUUGAGAAAGACAUAGCCAUAUCCUCCGUGAGAGGAAUCUCGCGAAUUUCACUUACAAAUCAAAAUUGGCAUUCACGCGUUACACGCUUACCAGACUCUUACAUAUGUCGACUGGCGUGGCAAGACACUGUCGAAAAAGGAGAAACAAUCAUCCGGUAUUUAUCUUUUGAUGAAGCAGACCACGAGUUUAGAGUCCCUUCACACAUUCUACGACAGCAAUGGCGAGAAACAACUAUCCCGUUUGGUAGCGAAGAGGUCUCGAAUUCUACCACAGCGCGAGUGAGCCGAAGAGAAAGAUCCCUAAAAAUGCAACGACAGUAUUCAUUUGGAGAUGCUUUCUGUGGUGCUGGAGGGGUGUCUGUUGGUGCUUCCGAAGCUGGCCUCCGCGUGAAAUACGGUAUUGACAUGGAUGAAGCUGCCUGUCAGACUUAUCGGACAAAUUUCAUCCACUCGUGGUGUUAUCAUGCAGACUUCACCAGCUGGCACGCCCUUCAUGGAGCUGACGAAUUGCAAGUUGAUAUAAGCCACAGCUCCCCCCCUUGUCAACCGUUCAGCCCUGCUCAUACACGCUCAUAUAACGUGCAGCGGGACGAGGCAAAUUCGUCUCUCAUUUUCAGUGCGUUUAAUAUGAUCCAGAAAGUCAAACCACGAAUACAUACGAUUGAAGAGACUUUUGGAGUUGUUUCACGUCACAAAGAAACCCUAGAACGAAUGCUCCAGGAUAUUUUGGAGCUGGGUUAUUCUAUUCAUAGCCGAGUUUUGUCUUGCGAAAAGUACGGGGUUCCGCAAUCCCGCAAGCGUCUUUUCAUAAUGGCUGCUGGCCCCGGUGAGAAGCUCCCGAUAUUCCCAGCACCUACACACGGCCCAGGCCUACAGCCGUAUGUGACUAUCAAGGACGUUAUUGAAAAUAUUCCCCGUCUAGCGCCGAACCAUGAUCUCGAGUACACGGCAUUUGCAGACGGUAUACCCAGAGCCCCGUAUGACGAGAACUCACUCGCAAAGACUAUCACUUGUGGUGGCGGCGAGAAGAAUUACCAUCCCAGCGGUUUACGACAUUUUACUAUCCGCGAGCUAGCUAGUUUACAGACAUUCCCUAUACAAUACAAGUUUCCGUCUAGUUAUGCGAAGAAACAGAUUGGAAACUCCGUUCCACCGCGACUCGCGGAAGUGAUCUAUCGUGCGGCUAUCAAAUCGUUGCAGGAGACGGAUGAAAAAGAGCUUGACAGCCAAGCUAUUGUGAUCGACUGA